CAUAAGUUAGGGUUUCACUGUGUAGUUAAGACUGUGUAGAACAUAAGCCUCAUCUUUAGCUUAACUGUCUUAGCUGCUGCUGCUUCAAAUCUCAUCACGACCAUGAUCAUCCCAGAAAAGAACCGCCGCGAGAUCUCCAAGUACCUCUUCCAAGAGGGCGUUUGUUAUGCAAAGAAAGAUUAUAAUUUGGCAAAGCACCCAGAAAUCGAUGUUCCGAAUCUUCAAGUGAUAAAACUGAUGCAAAGCUUCAAGUCUAAGGAAUACGUGCGUGAAACUUUUGCUUGGAUGCAUUAUUACUGGUACCUUACCAAUGAUGGCAUUGAGUUCUUGAGGACCUACCUUAAUCUUCCUUCUGAGAUUGUUCCCGCUACUUUGAAGAAACAAGCUAAGCCUGCUGGUCGUCCGAUGGGUCCUUCUGGUGAUCGCCCACGUGGUCCACCACGCUUUGGUGAUGGUGAAAGGAGAUUUGGUGACCGAGAUGGCUACCGUGGAGGUCCUCGAGGAGGUGGUGAUUUUGGUGACAAGGGAGGAGCUCCGGCUGAUUAUCAGCCUUCAUUCAGGGGCCCUGGUACAAGGCCUGCAUUUGGUCGCGGAGGCGGUGGUUAUGGUGGUGCUGGAUCUGCUGCAGGUGCCGGUCUUCCUUGAGAGUGAUGAUUUGUCGUGAUGGAUGGUUUUGUCCGUUAGGUUUGUUUGCAUACGGAGUUUAUAGAUGUACUUGUCUUAUGCUUCAAUGUUUGAUAAUUUUUAGCUUGAUGCUUAAAAACGCUGCUUCUAUUUUUGUUUAUUAAUGGGGGAAUUUAGAAACAAUGAUUUCUUUGCCCUGAUCUAUAUGCACAUUUUGUGGUGUUUGUUGCUCUAAGUGCUUGAUAUAUCUAUUUUGUUUUCCCCA